AUGGCUGAACCAGACGUCGUCGAUAUGGACGCUCCGGCUCCUGCUGCUCCGACCCUCGCCGCCGACGACCGCUAUACCUGGGCGAAGGUGGGAAACCUCGUCCUACGCCAUAUCGCGCGGGAGCCUAAUCCCCUGGCUCCUCCCGAGGGUAUGUCGCGCUACAAGAGUAACGCUACGCCCCCGCGUAUACUCGUCGAGGCGCCUGUUAACCAUCCCUUCGUGAACCUCGACGCGCACAUCCCGCGUGCAGUGCGUGUCCCGAAGACAGCUUCGAUCGUCGACCAGACCAUUGCUAGGGUUUGCGGGCGUUUCACUCGCAGGCCGUCUGAUUAUUACGUCGCCCAGAGUCAGAUGUGGGUCUGUCCCAAGCACGACUGCGUGUACACCAUCCUGCUGGAGGACUUGACGCCUGCCCAGCACGAGGUCGUCGAUGUUGCUA